AUGCCCCAACUUCGUGGUUCAGCGGCACUAACAGCGUCAACAUGCGCCUCCAAUAGCUGCAACUCCUCGACGUACUUCUGGGAGUCCAAAGGGGGCUUCCUCUGCGGCAAGAACAAUGUCGCAGUCGAGCUCAUUAACUGCUGCAAUGACGGGCUUCUGCGGCAUCGGUGGCUCAACGAUAUGAACUCAGUGCUUUCCCUAUCUGUUUGCUCAGGUCGCCUUCCUCGAUCAUGCUCCCGCUCCACUCCUUAA